AUUUGGAAUUAUGCCCUGUCUUAGGCUAUUGCCUCACCACACAGAUCAGAAUCACCUGGGAGACUCAUUAGAUCACCAAUCACUGGGUCUUGCCUUCAGGGUUUCUGGUUCAGUAGGUCAGGGGUGAGACCAGGAAUCAAAAAAUUUCUAACAAGUUUUCAGAUGCUGCUGAUGCUGCUUGUCUGGGGGCUGAGGUUUGAGAACCACUCUUGUGGGACAUGUUUUCAGAGUGGUGUGAAGCUCCCCUGCUGCAACCUUCACCACAACUCUUGGAGAGGGUAGUGCUUGUUAAGAUCCAGAUUCCCAGGCCAGGACCUAUUGGUUCCACUUGGUGGGGUGGGAGAGACACAGAAAUGACCAGGAGUCUGCAUUUUCACACUGAGGUUUGUGAAUCACUGUUGUCGGGUGGGUACAGGGAGUUUUGUUGUCUGUCCACAGCCUUAAUUUUUGUUAGCAUAAUCUAAUUUACUUCCCAGCCAGGGCUCUGCAUGGUCCAUCUGAACUUGACUAUAGCUUGCGACCUUUGUCCACCAGGCACACCAAUGGCCAUCCGUACUGACGUGGAUUCAUCACACCACCUCAGCAGCCGUCCCUGUGGGGAAACAUACACAGCCAUGAUUUUUUAGUGCUCGUUACAGUACAUUUAAGACUGUGUAAAACAAAAAAACAGUCCCAGAUGGUGCCUAAACCCCCCAGGGGCUCACGAUCUAAGGGAAAGCCAACAAUGAUGAGAGAACACGACGGGGCAUAAAUCAGAUGCUCAAUUGUGACUUGUUAGGAUACACAGAAGGAGUCAAAGGGGGGGAAGUUUCCAGAAAGGCCGGAUAGGUGCACUAACUUGAAAGAUGAACAGGACCUCAGAUGACGCUGAAGUCCAGGAGCUUCCCUGGGUGGACGGAACGGUGAGAGGGAACAUGAGGCGAGAAGCUACAGCUGAGGCCUAGGCAGCCAAGGCAGAAGUGGGCUCCAUCGGUCUCCUGCCCUGCCCUGCGACCCCAAGGGACCUGGUUUUGUUGCUCUGUGCCUUAUGUGCCUAAGUCUCUGCUCUGAGCAUCCAGAGACUUAGGUAGCAGGGAGAAUGGCCUAGAGAAUGAGCUGCAGGGGUGAUGGGAACAGAGAUGAGCGCUCCUGCUACUUUAGCCAAGGGAAAUCCUGGCUAUGUUGGUACCAAUUCCCUUUAAAAUCCCUCAGGGUCUCCAGGGUAGAUUACAUGAGGUGCGAAGGCUCCUGAACUGGAGGAAUUAAAGUCGGCUGUUCAGCUUGUUGCCCCCUUCCCGAAAAAAGCCAAUUUCAAAAACUUUUAAGAAUGCUUCAGGAACCACUAUAUAUAUGUUUCUACAAAGGCCUAAAAUUAGCAGUGUUUUAUUUUGGAUUACGAAUUCCCUCCUAGUCCUCCUAAACCUGAGCACAUGAGACACAGCCAGAUGUCAGGAAGUGGGUGAAAAGCUGAGGUUACUGAGGUGUUGGUUGCUCAGGCUUGCGGUUUCCCCCCCUUCUCCUGCCCCCCGCUGGCAGGUGAUGCUUAUCUUCACUUCAGCCCACCUCUUCUUGAUUGGGAAAACCCUCUUCUCCCACCGUGCCCCCCGCCCAUACUUCUCAUGUUGCUCUAGGUUUCCUUAAUCACAGCACUUAAGAACCUGAAAUACCAUUCACACAUAGGUGCAAAGUGAGAACUACUCUGUCGAACAGCUGCCUCUUCCUUCCAGCGAACUCGCACGGGGAGCCCACGUCACCGACUCUUCUGGAGAGCAUCCAGUGUCUCUGCACAGGCUCCCCCAGGCUGCCCACACCCCUCCCAACCCGUGGAUUCCUGCUGCCUACGUCUGGUCUAGGCCCCCGGUCUGCUCCACUUCUGCCUUCCGUCCAAGCCUUGCUCUACUCCACUCUGCUUUUCACACGAAUUCUCCCAGGUGCUGGCCCCCAGUCCCACCUGGUGGGCAGCUGACUCCAUAAAAGUACCCCAAGGAGCAGGAGGCAGCUGUUAGGAGGAGCAGGAGGAUGGGCGCUGAGCAUGGGCAGCAGCCGCAGUCCGGGGGCCGCAGGGGCCGUGGUUCUGGCGAUAAGAAGUCCAAAAAGCGUAGCCGGCGCAAGGAAACCUACUCGAUGUAUAUCUACAAGGUGCUAAAGCAGGUGCACCCGGACAUCGGCAUCUCUUCCAAGGCCAUGAGCAUCAUGAACUCAUUUGUGAACGAUGUGUUUGAACGGCUGGCUGGCGAGGCUGCCCGGCUUGCCCAGUACUCGGGCCGGACCACACUGACAUCCCGGGAGGUCCAGACAGCGGUGCGUCUGCUGCUGCCCGGAGAGCUGGCCAAGCAUGCUGUAUCUGAGGGCACCAAGGCCGUCACCAAGUACACCAGCUCCAAGUGACCCAGGGCCUUCCAUUAAUAAAGAGUGAGCUGCUCCCA